CAUGGGGAUGGGCUGAUGUGCUUACAUGAUGCUUCAGCCCCUCCUUGGCUGAAUGUCCCUGCAAGAGCCAGCGGGGCAUUUUCCAUGAACCUGGAUGGGGACCAAGCUGUGCUCCAGAGGAUCAGGAAAUAUGUGAAAGCCAUUCACAUCUCCGGGCUCGCCCAUGUGGAGAAUGAGGAACAGUACAGCGAGGCCCUGGAGAACUUUGGCAACAACCACCUCUCCCAGAACAACCAUGAGCUCUCCACCGGCUUCCUCAACCUCGCCGUCUUCACCCGCGAGGUCACUGCACUCUUCAAGAACCUGGUGCAGAACCUGAAUAACAUUGUGUCCUUCCCCAUGGACAGCCUGCUGAAGGGGCAGCUGAAGGACGGCCGCCUGGAUUCCAAGAAGCAGAUUGAAAAGGCCUGGAAGGAUUAUGAGACCAAAGUGGGGAAGAUGGAGAAGGAGAAGGAGCGAGCCCGCCUGGCUGGGGCCGCCCAGGCCGAGCCAGCAGCAGCCGAGGUGGCCGAGGACGUGCAGAGGGAGCGGCGGCUCCUGCAGCUCCACAUGUGCGAGUACCUGCUAAAAGCCAGCGAGUCUCAGAUGAAGCAGGGACCAGAUUUCCUGCAGAGCCUCAUCAAGUUUUUCCACGCUCAGCACAAUUUCUUCCAAGACGUUAACCUUCCUCCCUGUGCUGGGAAGGAAUCAAGGGCUGGGCAGGCUCUUGCUCUUUCCUCUGGGAUAUUUUCAGCUGGUCCUUGUCUCUGUCAGCUAACCAGGUGUCUUCUCCCCCUCCAGUACCUGCUAAAAGCCAGCGAGUCUCAGAUGAAGCAGGGACCAGAUUUCCUGCAGAGCCUCAUCAAGUUUUUCCACGCUCAGCACAAUUUCUUCCAAGACGGCUGGAAGGCUGCCCAGAACCUCUCGCCCUUCGUUGAGAAGCUGGCGCUGUCCCUGCACAGGCUCCGGCAGGCGCAGGAGGAGCAGCUGAAGCAGCUGGCGCAGACCCGCGACGCCCUGCGCAGCGUCCUGCAGCUGGACAGCCGCGAGGAAAACAUGAGCAGGAAGAACUCUGGCAGUGGCUACAGUAUCCACCAGCACCAAGGCAACAAGCAGUACGGGAUGGAGAAGUCAGGAUUCCUGUACAAGAAGAGCGAUGGGAUCCGCAAGGUGUGGCAGAAGAGGAAGUGCGGUGUGAAGUACGGCUGCCUGACCAUCUCCCACAGCACGAUAAACCGUCCCCCUGUGAAGCUGAACCUCCUCACCUGCCAGGUGCGGCCCCAUACUGAGGAGAAGAAAUGCUUUGACCUGGUGACACACAACAGGACCUAUCACUUCCAAGCAGAGGAUGAGCAGGAGUGUGUUGUGUGGGUCUCAGUGCUGCAGAACAGCAAGGACGAAGCCCUGAGCAAUGCCUUCAGGGGAGACGGGGGCGGUGGCAGCAUGCAGGAGCUCACCAGGCUGGUGAUCAGCGAGGUGAAGAACAUGCCAGGAAACAAGCAGUGCUGUGACUGCGGUGCCCCAGAUCCCACGUGGCUCUCUACCAACCUCGGCAUCCUGACGUGCAUCGAGUGCUCUGGUAUCCAUCGGGAGCUGGGGGUGCAUUAUUCCCGCAUCCAGUCCCUCACUCUGGAUGUUCUCAGCACCUCUGAGCUGCUGCUGGCUGUUAGCAUUGGGAACACUCGCUUCAAUGAGAUCAUGGAGGCCACGCUACCUACACAGGACUGUCCCAAGCCCUCGGCCAGCAGUGAUAUGGCUGCGCGCAAGGAAUACAUCAUGGCCAAGUACAUGGAGCGACGCUUCGCGCACAGGAGCGGCCAGGACAACCCCCACGGCCUCUGGGAAGCCAUUCGAGACCGUGACCUCCUGGCCCUGCUCAAGGCCUUUGUCGAGGGGCAUGACCUGACCAAGCCCCUGGCCAGCCCUGACGGUCAGGAUGCAGGUGAGCUGCCGCUGCAUGUGGCCGUGCGCCACGCCGACAGAUCAUCCCUUCCCUUGGUGGACUUCAUCAUCCAGAAUGGGGGAACACUGGACCAGGUGACACAGGAUGGAAAUACGGCCUUGCACUAUGGUGCACUCUACAACCAGCCCAACUGCCUCAAGCUGCUCCUGAAAGGCAAAGCCACCUUCACCACAGUGAACGCGGCGGGCGAGACGGCUCUGGAUGUGGCGAGGAGGCUGAAGUACAGCGAGUGUGAGGAGCUGCUGGAGCAGGCGCAGGCAGGGAAGCUCUCCCUGCAAAUCCAUGUGGACUACGACUGGGAGCCCCCAUCAGAGUUCCCCUAUGACAGUGAGGAUGAGCUGGAGGACAAGGUGAGCCCCCUCCAGCGCUCCUUCAACGGUACAUCAGCACUGGCCGCCAGCCCGCUGCCCACCUGCCCCCAGAGCCGCUGGAGCUGCGUGGGGAUGGACAUCACCAACAAGACCUACGAGAGCAUCCUGGUGCCCUUGCACCCUGCGCCCCGCCGGGCCCACAGCGAGGAGAUGCCCCCGCCGCUGCCCCUCAAGAACCCCACACGGGGCAGCUCUCGCCCCAAAGCCAGCCUCAGUCCCAGCGAGCGCCCUGAACUGCCCCGGCAGGCGUCGGAGCCCCCCUGCCCUGGGCCGGCGGAGGCGCUGGCAGCGCGCAGCCUGCCCUGUGCCGGCAGCACGGCCCCCCAGCCCCUGCCCGGCGCCACGGCCCCUGACGUCCCCCCUGUCAAGUUUGGCUCAGAGAGCACCCGCUCGUACCGGCGCGUCAGUGCCAUGGUGGGCAGAAUGGGGGUGGCUGGGUCCCCCCAGAGCCCUGGUGGCCCCGAGGACCCCCCUCUCGGCAAGGUGCCCCCUGUGCCCAUGCCCAGGAGAUUUGCUCCGGCCAAGGGGCGGCAGAAGCGGGUAAAGGCAGUGGCUGACUGCAAGGGGGACAAGGCACGAGAGCUGACCUUCUCCAAGGGGGAGGUCAUUGUGGUGACACGCGAGGAGGAUGAGCAGAUCUGGGUCGGCUUCAUCGAGGGUGAUGGCUCCCGCACCGGAGUCUUCCCUGCCAGCUUCGUCCACCUCUUGCAAGACUGACCGAGUGCUGGUGGCCCACUUGUCACUGUUCUAUUGGCUGGGACUGGAGGCAGCUCCCUGCUGGGGGCUUGGUAGAACCAGGCCACAAGGGAUGUGUGCCCAGGAUCCUGGCAUGCGACCACCGUCCUCCAAGGGGGCCCAGAGCCCCACUGCAUUGGGAAAGGCGUCCGUGGGUGUGGUGGUGGGGAGCUGAGGAGCAGAGAAUGGAUAUGCUUUCUGCGCUGCUGGGCUGAGGUUUCUGUGCCAGCCCCUGCUCUUCCGUCCUUCCUGUGGCCUCUGCCCAUCCCUUGGGUUUUCUUUUUCCUUCUCUGCAAGGAGUUGGGGAUGGGGGAGCUGUAUUCGGUGUCUCCCACCCUCUGCCAGAUAGUCAUGAAGCCUCCUCCUUAUCCUGGGGGCAACCAUGCACUGCCAGCCUCUUUCUGUAUCCCAACUGUGAAUGGGAUGGGCAAGAAAUAGGAGAGGGCUUUUUUGUGUCCAUCCCCCACCCCACGUUCUGACAGCUGCCUGGACUGGCAGAGUUUGGGAAUGCCUCAAAGGUUCCCCAAAACUGGAAGUGAAAUGCCUUUCCCUUCUUUGGAGGGCAGCGGAUGUUUCAGGUGGUACCACAGAGCCCCUGCCCCGUGUCCCUCAUGUGGGGUGGGUGCUGGAUCACCACCCCUUCCCUGGAGAGGGCUCUCAGAGGGGGCUUUGCAGAUUUUUCUAGGACCAGAAUACCCCUGUACCAGUGUCCCUUGGGAGCCACCUGCCGCCAUAGGCCCUCGCUUUAACCUUCUCACUUCUGUGUCAAAUGCUUAAUCUCAAAAAAUAUUUUAAAAAUGUUUUCUGUCUCUGAUUUCUA